GGCAGAUCUUGCACGGUAACUAAAGCAACAUAGCCAUACAAACAGCAACAUACACCCAAAUUUGGGCGAUUUUCGGAAGAGACCGCAAACAUGAGGGAACGACAGAAGAAAAAGAAGGGGAGGACGUGGGCAGAGGCAGCAAAAACGGUGCUGGAGAAGUACCCCAAUACACCAAUGAGUCACAAAGAAAUCCUCCAGGUGAUUCAGAGAGAGCGGCUGAAAGAGAUCAGAAGUGGGACCUCCCCCCUGGCUUGCCUCAACGCCAUGCUCCACACCAACUCUCGUGGGGAAGAAGGCAUCUUCUACAAAGUUCCCGGCCGUAUGGGUGUCUACACACUAAAGAAGGACAUUGCGGAUGUGGUGAAAGAGAUGUCAGAUGAGCCCUCUGAAGACAGCAGCGACAACCUUUCGGAUACCAGAAGCACAGAAAACAGCAACAACAACAUUAACAACACAGAGGGUCGCAGGGGAAGGUGGAGGAGAAGAGUGCCAGCAAAGCUGCAGUCCCAGCCUUCUCCCCCACAGUCCCGCUGCUCAUCACCGUCCGUCCCCAGCAGCAAGCUUAUUUCUCCAUCCCAGAAACACAGCAAGAAGGCCCUUAAACAGGCGCUUAAACAGCAGCAACAAAGAAACCAGAGGAGACAGUGUGGAAUAACCACAGGUUCUAGUCCCAGACUUCUCAUUAAGACAGUCAAAGACAUGGCUGAUUCAACCUCCUCCAAAUCAGUGUGGGAGCUGAAACAGUCUGAACGAUGCCCAGCUAGUCCCCAGAACUCCACCUCCAGUUCCUCCUCCUCUGUCAAGGCUGACGUGUGCCAUGCCUCAGGUGCCAGGAAGAUGUCUCAGCGGUCGAGUCGGCUUAGUGCCCGGCAGCUGAGACGAACCAAGUGUGAGAUUGACGUGGAAACGCCAGACUCAAUCCUAGUGAACACUAAUCUCCGAGCCAUUAUCAACAAACACACAUUCUCAGUUUUGCCCACAGAGUGCCAGCAAAGGCUGCUUAAACUACUGCCAGAGGUUGACCAGCAGUCCUGCAUGGAUGGGAUGCUGAAGUUGACCAGUUCUGCUUUGAACAAUGAAUUCUUCACAUCUGCUGCACAAUCUUGGAAGGAGAGAUUGGCAGAGGGGGAGUUCACUCCUGAACUAAGACUGAGGAUGCGGCAGGAGAUUGAGAAAGAGAAAAAGGUGGAGCACUGGAAAGAGCGUUUCUUUGAAAGUUACUACGGUGAAAAGUCAGGAUUAAGCAUGGAAGAAUCCCAAGAGUUGACAGAGAGCAGUCCUGUGGAAGCAAAAAUCCCAGUACAACCUGCAGAACCAGAAUUCAAGGCAGAAACAGGGCAGCCGAGUCAGGUCACUGAAGGCAGCAGCAGGGAGUCCAGCUCUAAAGAAGAGGAGGUGAAAUCAGAACUCAUAGUAAGUCAUUCAGACACAGCAGACACAAAACUGGCCUCACAGGAUCCUCAGCUGGAGAGUGUGGGUACAGCAAAGGAGGAGCCAUCAGCAGUGCUUGAAAGGCCUGCUGAGGAAGUGCUGAAGGCUGUGACAAAUGUGGAAAGUGUGAAGAGUGUGACAGGUGUAAAAGCACAGGAAAGUGAAAUUAAACCAGAGACCCCCACAUCAUCUCCUCAUCAUGAGACCCUCACCUCUCCUAAAGGGAAGGAUGCUCAGGCUGGUGAAGGUGAAAGGUCCCCCAGUGAGGUUAGUCAGGUAUCUAUGGAGGAGAGACAAGUGACAUCACCCAUGCCAGCUGCCGUUCCAGAGCCAUUGAAACGGAAAGCCUGCGGUGAUCAGGAGGCUGAGCUGACUCCAGAGAAGAAGCCUCGCAUGGCUCAACCAGAGACAUCCCCAUCAACCUCAUCCACCCCAUCAACCCCCACAACCCCUACACCAACAGCAGAGCAGAGAGUGCCUCCCUUGAAGAUCCCUGUGUCACGAAUUCUCUCAGGUCCUGUAUCGGGGGGCCAGGUCUCACCCAGGGCUCCUCUUCCCAUGACCGUGCCCAGUCCUCGGCCAGGUCGCACUGGAGCCCGCACUCUGGCUGACAUCAAGUUAAAAGCUCAGUUAGCCAAGGCCCAGCGCGCAGCUGCUGCUGCAGCAGCAGGAUCAUCCUCAUCCAGAGGGGCCACACCAGGACCAGGACCGGGUGGAGGCACUUCCACACCAUCGCCAGCUCAGUCCCUGUCUGAGGAGCUGUCACCAGCAAGCAGCAGAAGCCAAUCUGUCUCGCCUAUCAAAGUGAGCUCUGUGUCACCCACACCUGAAGGCACAGUGACUCCUGCCCAAUUUUCACCCUGCUCAGGUUCCACAAGGCAGAUAGGUUUGGGCUUUGCUCAAGGCCAAACUUCAGUAAACGAAGGCAGACCUUUGAUGGGGUCUCCGAAUACUCAGAGCACAUCGGAAAGUCAACGGGUCCCCCUCCUAGUAGGUGGAACAGUACCAGCACCUUUAAAAAUGAGUGAAAAUGUCAAUCAGCCCAGUCUCCAGUCUCUUGUAAACACAGGUUCUCUGUCAUAUAGCCAGAGGCCUCAUGAGACAUCUACGUUAGGGGCCUCUGUAACCAAACCUAGCUCAUCAAUUCCUGCAAAUAACCCUCUUGUUACCCAGCUACUACAGGGCAAAGAGGUUCCUCUUGAGAAGAUCCUUCCGAAGCCACUUUCAAAGACAGAGGUUCAGAAUGUGAGCUCUUUCUCUCGAGACAUAGGCCUCUCUACCACAGCCCGAGCAAGCAGUGAGAGGCUAAACUCUGGUGACACAGGCAACAGUAGUAGGUCUGGGCAACAGGUCUCUGGCUGCUCUGUGCCAUCCAGUAGAUCUGGGAUCAGCACAGAGCUCACACGGCAUCAACCAGAGAUGCUUGACAAGGAUACUCAGGAGCAAAUACUCCAGGCUCUGAUGCAUAGAGCACAGCAAUCCCACACAUUCUCAGCGUCAAGGUCUCAGCCUUCUCAGUACCAGUCCUGUCAGCUUGGUCACCUGGAGGGUUGCCAGGACCAACCGAGGUUCCCUCUUGGCUUCUUUGGACGGAAAAGGUUGUCAAAACCUGCCAUGACAGGGCAUUACCUUCUCAAUGUGUCCACAUAUGGCCGAGGAUCUGAGAGCAGUAAACGCCCCCACCUGGCCUUGACCACAAGCACUGCUCUAGCAAAUCUGAAGAAGGAGAAUGUGGAGGGUGAAGAGGGUGCUAAAGAUGGGGAAGAAUCACUAGGAACAUCUCAUACUUCCUCUGGAAGACCCUCAAACCUUUCAGGGGUUAAGGUGGAGCAGCAGGGAUAUUCCAUCACAAAGCCAGACCAGGGUCGAGGCAACCAGCAUUGCUCUGGUAUAAAGUCUGAGUUUCCGUCAAUUUCCUGUUCAUCUUUGAAAGAGGACAGUGGCCUGUGUGCAGAGAACAUUUCUGCAAGAACCAAAGAAACGUCCCACAGAAUGCACCUUGAUACCUGCAGUAGCAAACAGGGUAACUCAGAGCCAUAUCAGGCAGCGCCUCAUGUAGGUACUGACCCAAGUCACCAGCCCCUGCCACCAUACCAACCUCAGAAAACACAUGACAGUCAAGAACCCGUCAUUGGCACUUAUUAUGGCGGUACCAUCAGCAUGUCUCUUCCCCCGGCGUUGAAUCACAGCAACGCCGGCACUGUGACAUCUCCGACCAUGACUGAGGACACUGAGGGUGGGGGCAGCAGCGGGAGUGUAAUGUCCUUUUCAGUGACUGUCACUGCCAUACCCGCUGGUCACUCACUGGACCAGAGUGACCAAGCUGAGGCCUCACCAGAGCAGACCUUCAUGGAAGGGUCUGGAAUUGAAGAUGUUCAGUCAAAGUGCUACUGUCGAUUAAAGGCCAUGAUCAUGUGUAAGGGAUGUGGGGCCUUUUGUCAUGAUGACUGCAUUGGCCCUUCCAAACUGUGUGUCUCAUGUUUGGUGGUACGGUAAUGGUCGUGAUGUUGAUAAAAGUGGUGAUUCUUAUCAAGACAGUUUGUCAGAGAGCAGAGAGUAAGCAGUGGUAAGCAGGAGUCCUUAACUGGCAUCUACAAGUGUAGCACUUAGCGGAGUGAUUCAAGUACUCAUUAAACAUCAGUUUUCAGUGGAAAGUGAGGCUUUUACAACGUUCCUCUUUGCCUGGCUCUCUUCACAAAUAUCACAAGAAAGGAGGUUGAUGUAAUUUGUGCAAUGCAGCAUAAUACUCCUUUUUAAUCAAAUAACAGCAAAAUGAGCACCUUGUUUGUUCUAGACUUGAGACACUUCUUGAAUAGUGGCAAUAUUUUAAACGUGAAUUUGGUUUUUUUGUGUGUGCGUGUGUACUAUUUUUUUAACAUAGGAUUUUAGAAAUGGAUUACGAAAGAAUUAAUAUUUUUGUAUAGAAAUUGACGUAAAAAUCAUUAUUGUUCCCCUUGCAUUUUUCUAUUGGUCCAUAUACACGGAAGCCUCAAAUUUAACACAGCCUCCAUUUUUAGAGAGAAUCUUUUACAUAAAUACAUACAGAGUAUGUAAAGACUGUUGGAUAAAUGACAUGUACUACCACAGGGUCAUUGUCUUGAUUCAGUAGAGCUGUUAUCUGUAAUAGUUGAGACUUCCAUUUC